AUGAGCGAAACUGCUCGUUUGAAAAGCACCGUCUAUGUCGGCGGUCUUGACCAGGCCGUCACGGCGCAAACACUUACGGAGGCUUUCCUGCCGUUCGGUGAGGUCGUCGACGUCUCGCUUCCAAAGCCUGAUCUGCCGUCUUCGGCAGACAAUCACAGAGGCUUCGGAUAUGUCGAGUUUGAAUUGCCGCAGGAUGCAAAGGAAGCAAUCGACAACAUGGACCAAAGCGAACUGUACGGACGUAUCAUAAAAGUUGCGGCCGCCAAGCCACAGCGAGAUGCCAAUGAGGGUCUUGGAAGCAAGACUGCUAUCUGGGAACAGGAGGGCUACUUGGCCAAAUACGCAGUGAGCGAGGAAGACCGGAAAGGAGCAGAAGAAGCUCAGUUGACAGCCAAUGGGAGGCCCGAAGACCCCAUGCAAGGCCUUGAAGGGCUUGACGUCGCAGGGCCGAAGCCAGAAUAG